UGGAAAGCCACGGGAGAAAUAAACGCAGGCGGGAAGGCGGGGCUGCUUCCAUAGCCCGCCCUUCCACCUCUGUGAUUGGCUGUGAGACUUUGGGUUUCCGCCCCCACAGGCCUGCGCCUGCGUGAGAGUUGGGGCGAGAGCCACUCAAGGAAACACCAUGAAAGAUACUGAUAUCAAGAGACUACUGUAUACCCAUCUUUUAUGCAUAUUUUCAAUUAUCCUAAGCAUCUUCAUUCCAUCAUUCUUCUUGGAGAACUUCUCAGUAUUGGAAACACACUUGACAUGGUUGUGCAUCUGUUCUGUUUUUGUAACUACCAUCAAUCUAGUAGUAUAUUUAGUAGUGAAACGAAGUGCAUCCUCUAAAAGAAGUUCAUUAACAUACAAGGUAACCAGAUUUUUGAAAUGCUGUAUCUACUUUCUUAUGUCUUGUUUCUUCUUUCAUAUAAUUUUUGUUCUAUAUGGAGCACCACUAAUAGAGUUGGUGUUGGAAACAUUUUUGUUUGCAGUUAUUUUGUCCACUUUUACUACUGUACCUUGUUUGUGUUUGUUAGGACCAAACAUCAAAGCAUGGCUAAGAGUUUUCAGUAGGCAUGGAGUCACAUCUGUUUGGGAGAACAGUCUCCAGAUCACUACAAUUUCUAGUUUUGUAGGAUCAUGGCUUGGAGCCUUCCCUAUUCCACUUGAUUGGGAAAGACCAUGGCAGGUAUGGCCCAUCUCCUGUACACUUGGAGCGACCUUUGGCUACAUGGCUGGCCUUAUUAUUUCGCCACUCUGGAUAUACUGGAAUAGAAAGCAACUUACAUACAAGAACAAUUAAUUGAAGCAAAGGGAGAAGAUAUUUCUUUGUGCAGAUUCCAUAAAGACUGUGCAGAAAUGCAUACGGUCUAAGCCAGGCAAUUCCAUUCACAGCACUGUUUUUUAUGUAGUUACAACAUGAUGUGAUUGUAGCUUUUUAAACUAUGAAACCCCUGAGAGAUUGUACCUUCUAGUUGAAAUAAAGUAUUUAUAAUAGA